UAACUGACGCGUCGGACGGCCAAUGGCAGCCCUUUCGCUCUCCUCCAAUCAUUUAACGCGAACAGCUGCCGGCGCCGGAUCUUGCGGAAACCGUCUCUCUCAUUAGCGCAACGUGUGUGUUUUCUACGACCGAAGGCUCGUCAGUGUCGUUUGCAUAAUGGGUCGCCGCAAGUCCAAGAGGAAGCCGCCUCCUAAGAAGAAGAUGACGGGGGACCUGGACAGUCAGUUCACCUGUCCGUUCUGCAACCACGAGAAGUCGUGUGAUGUUAAAAUGGAGAGAAGCAGAAACACUGGGAUAAUCUCAUGCACGGUGUGUUUGGAGGAGUUCCAGACCCCCAUCACCUAUCUGUCAGAGCCAGUUGAUGUAUAUAGUGAUUGGAUAGAUGCCUGUGAAGCAGCCAAUCAGUAGCCCUCGUGGAGUUGGACACCUCUCAGGAACAGGAUGAGGAUGUGACUGGUGGGUCUGGGCCAGUCCGAGGAUAUUUCUGAAAACUAAUUGUUUCUGUAUGGUCACCACUUGAAAUUCACAACUGUGUGAACAUUAUUCCCUUUUACGUUUAUUUUGAUAUUGUUCCUUUAGAAUUUCUUGCUUUCUGGAGUAAGGUUUCAGCCCCACUUGUUUUCCUUAUCACAUUUUUUGUUUUUUGCAGUGUACAACAAUUCAUCCUCACACAUUGAACAGGGCUGACUGAUUUUAAAAAAAAAAUUCUUUUGUCAAAGACCCUUUUGAUGCAGUGUAGAAGACGCUUGAUGUUGACUGAAAAUGUGACCCUCUCUUUAUUUAGAUUUUAGCUGGUAGCUUUUGUUUGCUGUGCAAAUGUAAUUUUAUGCAGGAGACCUUUUAGUGUGAGAGUAAGAUGAGAACAUUAGCUUGAGUUCCAGACACUGUCUGCUACUAUCAAGAGGACGUAGUUAAGAGAGGGAAUGUCCAGGUAUGCUACACUGCCAAGUUUAACAAAGUCUAGGUGGGAGUGUGAACCUCUUGGUGUUAAUCUGAAUACAGAUUAGGCCAACAACAACACUGGGAUGAGUUCAAAAUUAAUGUUUUGUUUUUAGUAUCUCACUUAAAUGCAGCUGUUGAUCAAGUACUAAGUAGUUUGCGGAACUGUACGAUCCUUGUUGAUUACGCUCAGGUAGCACUGAGGUCACAGGUUCUGUUCACAGACAUAACAGAUCUCGUCCUUGUGAAGAAGACGGCUGUGUCACAGCGUUGGCUCAUUCCACUGCAGAGAGGAACAGAAACGUGUACGACUUAUGCAUAGCUGCUAAAUUCAUUCAUUCAUUCAGUGUAGCGAAGCUGUUUUAAAUUGUUCUUAUUCAAUUUAGAUUUCCAGGUGAAUGUAUUGUUUCAUCCUAAAUGUACAAAGAAAGACAUUUUUAAACUCUACAAGAUAUCUUUGUUAUUGUGCGUAAUCUAAUCCCAAAAUCAAGCUAUGUUUUAUUUCCUAUGCAAAGGCCAAAAAGGAGAAAGAUGUAUUUUUUAAAUGUAAUGAAUUUGAUAAGUGUGAUAUUGGAAAUAAAGUAGCAGUAAGACUUGAAACCA